CGAGCAUUCAACGUCAGCUUCUGCUACAAGGUCCGGCUACUGAGUUCUCUGGCAAAGAUGCUGCCUCAACGGAUCCUAGCCCGGCGCCUGCCACUGGGUGCUGUCCACCGUACCGUCCCUCGUGCCUCUUUCUCUCAAGUGAGGGCUCUCGCUGCUGCUGAAGCCAAUGAUUCUCUAGAGACCGGCCCCUACGAGAAUCCCCCUCCGAUCAAGCGUUCGUUCAGAGAUCCCUAUGGCGAUUGGUGGGAUAAGCAGGAAAGACGGAACUUUGGGGAACCGGUUCACGAAGAUAAUGACCUCCUGGGGGUUUUUAGCGUCGAGCAGUACACGCAUGCUACGCCUGGCAAAGCUUUUGCCGCACUUGGUGUUUUCGUUGCGACCUUCCUAGGCUUCUGUGGGGUUACCAGCCUGUUCUAUCCAGACAAGGCGAGUGCCCCGCGGACAUUUCCAGACGGUCUAGAGAAGGAGCUCGGAGGUCCGAGUGCAUUGAGGGCCCGGAAAGAUGGUGAGGACACUUGGUGAUCUGGCUUCUAUUCUGUCCUGUUUAUUGUGUAAAUACGACCAUUGCACUUUCCAAAGGAGACUGCCUUUCCUGUUUAGCCCACCUGCACUGCGACAGGUUAUGAUGGCUGUGAGCAAUCUCGACCAGAUUCAUAUAUGCUUCAUGGGCAGCACAUAUCCACGGGCGUACGAAUAAGCUACCACUGGUAUGAAGAUUACCGACAACCUAGUAUUGGGCAUUCACAGAAAUGACAGCAGGUUUUUCAAUUGCCUACCGCAUGCUCGUCGAAUGGGGUUCAGAAGUGUAGUCAAGAUACCUUAAAGAAACAGACAGACACAACAAACAUUCCUUGGCAGUUGCUCUAUCUCGAGUUUAGUCGUUAAUGUUCUGACAUUUGGGUCUCUAUAGAUGAUCAUUUGCAUAUCCCACCCAGAUCUAGUAACGAGAAUCAUGUCCCGGCCGCGCUCAAGAGUUCCAACAGGUCAAGUUCGAACAUCAUGGCUGUCCAUUGCUGCCGUAUUGCAACUAGCCAAACAAUAACUAGAGGUCAACUGACACAGCUUAUAUAAUCUGGGGCAGUUCUAACUAAUAAGAGCGCCUGGGAUUAAGCAAUAUAUUGUCUUUU